GAAAAAACAACACAUUUCAAAACGCAAAGAAAUAGUCGUCGUCGUCGUCUAAUAUCUUUGAGAGAAAUUGGGAGAGGAGAGAGAAAACACGCAAAAAAAAAAAAAAAUUAGAAGAAAAAAAGACUCCUUCGUCUUACGAGUACAUUUCUUAGCCUUUUCAAAUCGUUGAAUAUUGAAAAAUCUGACCUCUCUUAAAAAAACCAAUCAGAUCUCAUCGGUUAUCGAUCAGCUCUCGAUCGCUUCGAUUAGACGAGCUUGUUAAUUUAGAUCUUCGAUUCUUGGACUUGAUAAAAUGGAAGCGAUCGAAGAGUUGUCUCAGUUAUCGGAGUCGAUGAAGCAAGCAACGGCGUUGCUUGCUGAUGAGGAUGUUGAUGAAAAUCCGAGUUCAAGUUCAAGACGGAGUUCAACUUUUCUUAACGUUGUUGCUCUUGGCAGUGUAGGUGCAGGUAAAUCUGCAGUUUUGAACAGUGUAAUUGGGCAUCCUGUUCUGCCAACUGGUGAAAGUGCCACUCGGGCCCCUAUAAGCAUUGACUUGCAGAAAGAUGGUUCUUUGAGCAGCAAAUCCAUUGUUUUGCAGAUUGACAAUAAAUCUCAACAAGUUUCUGCAAGUGCUUUGCGGCGUUCUUUGCAGGAUAGGCUAAGUAAGGGUGUCACUGACAAUAUUCGGGAUGAGAUAUACCUGAAACUGCGCACAAGCACAGCACCUUCCUUGAAAUUGAUUGACUUACCUGGCUUGGGUCAACGGAUUGUGGAUGAGUCUAUGGUUGGUGACUAUGCAGAGCACAGUGAUGCCAUUUUGCUAGUUAUUGUACCUGCAGCCCAGGCACCUGAAAUUGCUUCAUAUCGAGCCCUCAGGAUUGCCAAGGAGUACGAUGGAGAAGGUACUAGAACUGUUGGUGUAAUUAGUAAAAUAGAUCAAGCUGCUACGGACCAGAAAGCUCUCGCGGCUGUUCAGGCUCUCCUUCUAAAUCAAGGGCCACCAAAAACCACUGAUAUCCCAUGGAUUGCUUUAAUUGGUCAAUCAGUUUCAAUUGCUUCUGCGCAGUCUGGGUCUGAAAGCUCUCUGGAAACUGCAUGGAAAGCAGAGAGUGAAAGUCUCAAAACGAUACUGACUGGAGCCCCGCAGAGCAAGCUAGGCAGAAUUGCUUUACUAGAUGCUCUGGCACAGCAAAUUCGUAAGCGCAUGAAAGUUCGGCUUCCAAAUGUUCUCUCUGGUUUGCAAGGGAAGUCACAAACAGUUCAGGAUGAACUAAUGAGGCUUGGGGAACAGAUGGUUCAAAGUGCUGAGGGCACAAGAGCCAUAGCUUUGGAGCUUUGUCGUGAAUUUGAGGAUAAAUUUCUCCAACACAUUAUGACGGGUGAGGGUUCUGGUUGGAAAAUUGUUGCAAGUUUUGAAGGGAAUUUUCCAAAUAGGAUCAAGCAACUUCCUUUGGAUAGACAUUUUGAUAUCAAUAAUGUUAAGAGGAUUGUCUUAGAAGCAGAUGGAUAUCAACCAUAUCUUAUAUCACCUGAAAAGGGUUUAAGAUCCUUAAUAAAAGGUGUGCUGGAGCUUGCAAAAGAACCAUCACGUCUCUGUGUUGAUGAGGUACAUCGUGUCCUGGUGGAUAUAGUUUCUGCUUCUGCAAAUGCUACACCUGGUCUGGGAAGAUACCCUCCUUUCAAGAGAGAGGUUGUAGCCAUUGCAAGUGCUGCGUUAGAUGGGUUUAAGAAUGAAUCAAAAAAGAUGGUUGUCGCAUUGGUUGAUAUGGAGCGAGUAUUUGUGCCGCCACAACAUUUCAUCCGUUUGGUGCAAAGGAGGAUGGAAAGACAGCGCCGAGAGGAGGAGCUUAAGAACCGGUCCUCAAAGAAAGGAAAUGAUGCUGAGCAGGCUAUAUUAAACAGGGCGACUAGUCCUCAAACAGGUGGAAGUUUGAAAUCAAUGAGAGAGAAAUCCAAUCAGGCUGAUAAGGAAGUGCAGGAGGCUUCUAGCUUAAAAACUGCUGGUCCUGAAGGAGAACUAACAGCAGGAUUUUUAUCAAAGAAAAGUGCAAAGACUAAUGGAUGGAGCAAGCGAUGGUUUGUUUUGAACGAGAAGACUGGGAAGCUUGGUUACACAAAAACACAAGAGGAGAGACAUUUUCGUGGUGUCAUCACUUUGGAGGAAUGCAACAUUGAAGAGGUUCCAGAUGAGGAAGAACCUCCUUCAAAGAGUUCAAAGGAUAAGAAAGUCAAUGGACCAGAUACUAAAGCUCCCAGUCUUGUAUUUAAGAUGACCAGCAAGGUUCCAUACAAAACCGUUUUGAAAGCUCACAGUGCUGUUAUUUUGAAGGCUGAGAGCAUGGCUGACAAAGUUGAGUGGAUAAACAAGAUAUUAAAAAUUGCUCAACCUUCUAAAGGAGGGAAAAUGAGGGGUGUAUCUCCUGAAGGUGGUCCUGCAAUGCGGCAUAGUCUUUCUGAUGGCUCUUUGGAUACGAUGGCUCGAAGACCUGCCGAUCCGGAAGAAGAACUUCGAUGGAUGUCCCAAGAAGUGCGCGGAUAUGUAGAGGCAGUUUUGAAUAGCUUAGCUGCUAAUGUUCCCAAAGCAGUUGUUCUUUGCCAAGUUGAGAAAGCAAAGGAAGAUAUGCUAAAUCAGUUGUAUAGCUCUAUCAGCGCUCAAAGCACAGCAAGGAUUGAAGAGCUUCUUCAAGAGGACCAGAAUGUAAAGCGCAGGAGGGAGCGGUACCAGAAACAGUCCUCUCUCCUUUCAAAGCUAACACGCCAACUCAGCAUCCACGACAACCGAGCUGCUGCUGCUUCUAGCUGGUCUAGUGGUGAUGGAGCAGAGAGCACCACCCCAAGCCCAAGGACAAAUGGUUCGGCUGGCGAUGACUGGAGAUCUGCAUUUGAUGCAGCUGCCAACGGUCCUUUAGACAUUGGAAGCUUAUCAAGACCUGCAUCAAAUGGUCACAGUCGAUAUUACAGCAAUGGUGAUGUGAGCACCGGUUCCAACUCCAGCAGCCGUCGCACUCCUAAUCGCACUCCUAAUCGGUUUCCACCCGCUCCUCCACAGUCUGGUUCUUCAGGUUACAGAUAUUAAAUGGGGUCAGACUGAUCCCAAUUCACAAUUCAUACGUCCACUGCAUUAUUGGAGGGUGAGAUUCUGGAAAACCCACUUCAAAUUCUAUACUCUAGAAUCAUUAGAAGAGGAGCGUGUUUGUGUACAUAAGACUACAGUUCCUCAAAACUGGGUUUCUUACGGCUUGCCCCAGAAUCCUUGAAAUCCUUCUAUUAUAUUUUUUGCCCCCUAGUAGUAGAGUUAUAAUUCUUUUUUUUUUCCCUAAAUUGCCCCCACAUUUUUGCAUGCUAUAGGUGCAAUUUUGCAUGUAUGGAUUCUGAUAUAUAAAUACUUUUGUGCCUGAAAACUCUCAGUAUAACAUUUGUGAUAUUUCCAUCAAGGGGAGCUUUAUAUUAUGAUUUCCAGUUGUGAUU